AUGGAACGCCCAAGGAUCGAGUACACCGUCGAACAGCUUAUAAAUCUACAUAGGUAUUGGAUCACAGAACAGUUCUACACGGACAAAAGGUCUGAGGAAGAAAUCCUCAAAUUGCUUCAUCUCCGCGAUAUUAAUGUCACUCUCGAAACUUUGCACUCCUAUCUCACAAAUUGGGGUCUAUAUACUCCACGUCCGUAUGACCCAGAAGAUUGGAUCAUCGUUCCCAACGCUGACCAGCUUUAUUCUUUCCAGGAAAAAGAUGAUUACUCCAUCGUAUCUGCGACCAGCUCGCAAUUAGUACCCGAGAGCCACAAGCAGAUGCCUCCUCCAAUUCUAUCAACUGCAAUUCUUCCAACUUCCACCAUCAUGCUCAGCAAACCCACCACCAUAUGCAGCUCUGUAAAUCCUUCCCUCAUCUCAAUAUCACUCCCACCCCAACCAGUCCUGAAAGGUUUAGACACCAUUCCCAACGGCCUAACACCCCUCGAAUUUUACUCGCUCGAUCUUCAAGAUCACGAACGAAGAGCCGUCGAUCUCGAAAGCCCACGCGAAUUAUGGAGGAGAAUAAAAGGAAAAAAAAAACCCCCCCAAAAAACGAGCUUGAGAGCUCGGGUUCUAAGAGGACCAAGCGUGUUGUUACAAUGA